ACACCUCUCCGUCCGGCCAGGUAUACUCCAAGUAAAUACGCUAAGAAUCCCACCCAAAACUACUAUCUCCUCCCCUAAAACGCCCUCUUUAGGUCCCCCGAUAGCACCAGAUCUAUUAAACCCGUCGCUAGCGGAGGCCACGACCCUAAACACCCCGCUAACCUCUAUUCUUAGGAGCCCGACAACCCCAGAGACGAACACCGCAGCCAAUAGUAAUAUCAGACGGCACACCGCUAAGACAAAGCAAAUCAAGACUACCCCCCUCCCACUCGCUUAGGACCUUAAUUAAGACAACGGGCCCCUAUCCUCAUUACUUCGAACCCUCAUCCAGGAAGAGAAGCUUAAGAUAAAAGUAAGGGACGAAGUCCUCAAAGCUUUCGCUAAAACCCUAGACCAGCAACUAGCCCGUUUCCCUACCGGCUACCAAGCAGAACUUACCCAGGCGCUAACUAAGGACCUUCUUAACACCAUUAAGCGACACCUAAUAGGCAAUAUAGAGGAAACCCCUAAACCAACAUGCUAACCCCGGAGCUAUACGGAAGCCGUUACGCAGGAAGCUCCUAAGGAAACGCCACGCCCUAAAUAUAAGGCGACAGCGUAUAAGACCCUAAAGGCACAGGACUUAAAAGAAAAAGAUAAUAGGCUUUUUAUUAGACUUCCUCCGGACCACCCAGCGCGCAACCACCAACCCUUCGCAAUUAAAGCAGCUAUUAUCACGCAACUAGAC